AUGUUCGCUACGUUGAGCGAUGAGCGGGCAAAAUGGAAGAUUGCUGCCAAAUUGGGGAAAAAAUGGCUCUUAAUCGGGGUUAACUGCCUCGCUGGUCUCGCCAUUUUCUUUUUCGGUUAUGAUCAAGGCAUGAUGGGGGGAGUGAACGACUCCCAGGAGUAUGUGCACCGAAUGGGACUGGGAUACAAGAAGAACGGAUCGAUCAUUGUUACCAACACUCUGUUACAAGGCAGCAUCGUCUCCGUCUACUAUCUGGGAACUUUGGUCGGAUGCUUCAUGGGUGGUUAUGUGAGUGAUCGUUCUGGUCGCAUCAAGUCUCUCGCCUUUGGUGCUGCCUGGGGCAUACUCGGGGCUGCGCUCCAAUGCACAGCAAUGAACCCGGCCUGGAUGAUUGUGUCUCGCCUCCUUAACGGCAUUGGUACUGGAGUCCUGAACGCCACUGUGCCAGUUUAUGGCUCUGAGCUGGCCGAUUAUGAGUCUCGGGGCAUGUUUAUCGCCAUGGAGUUCACCUUGAACAUUGUUGGCGUGGUAGUGGCUUAUUGGCUGGGAUUCGGUCUCAGUUACAUCGACAACGGAACAUCCCAGUUUUAA